AUGAUUGGCGUGCGCGUGCGUCGUAGGACUUGUACCUUUGGUAACUUACUGUACCCUCUGCUGUACAGCUCGAGAUUGCGCAGCAAGAGGAUACAUUGCUGUAGAUUUACCACAGUAUUAUUUACUGUGAAUUCGUUCGGAGAUCAUGGAAAUUUUUGGGUAAGGCUUGUCACUGAUUACUGUCAAGUUGCUUCCGCGAAGCACAAACAUUGGCACGUGGCGUGGAAGCCUGGCCUGACUAUCUCAGUGCGGCGGAACGACGAUUAUGAGGAGAGCGUGGAUGCACAAAACUGA